AUGGCCGACAGCUCCAAGGAAGAGCUUACGCCGCAGCAGGUACAGGCAACGUAUCAGCAGAUAGAGAAGGAAUGCUCUGUCAUGAUUAACAAGAUCGCAGAGCUGGAGCAAGAGCUUAACGAGCAUGCUUUGGUGAUCAAGGCUUUUGACAAAGUGAACUCCACGAGGCGAUGCUUUCGCAUGGUCGGCGGUGUUCUGGUAGAGCGAACUGUCGCUGAGGUCAGACCAGCUGUCGAAGGAAACCUCGAGAAGAUACAGCAGGCUGUGAACCAGCUGCAGGAACAGUUGAAAAAGAAGACCGAGCAAAGGACCCAGUUCAUCCAGAAGUAUAACUUGAAUCAGCAGAAGCAGGCCGCGCCUGCACCGGCGUCUGAGGCUGAUGCCACCAGCAAGGGUGGGGGAAGCGUUCUUGUUUGA